UUGAUGAAAUAGAGUGUAAGAAUUAUUAACCAUGUCUCGCGCUAGUUUCGUAUUGUUUGUGAUGAUUGGAGUGUUUUGCAGCACGACUAUCGCACAGCAGCAGUGCGGGCUAAAUCAAGAGUGGAACACUUGUGGAUCGGCAUGUCCACCAUCUUGUAACUCGCCACCUAAUCAAUUCUGCACAUUACAAUGCGUGAUAGGAUGCCAUUGUAAAAGUGGAUAUCUGCUAAAUUCCUCAGGAGAAUGUGUGCGCCGUUCAGAAUGUUAGAAAUUAAUUGUAUCAAUUGUAUAUACUUACUCUAAAGAGUUGACAACCUCUGUUUAACGCCAAUGAGAUUUUUACUAAACAUUUUUAACUAAAAAUCGAUAUGCCAAUAAGUAUUAACAUGUAUUAGAUGCAAUACGACAUAAUUAUUGUUGCUUGUUAUAAUUACUAAUUAAUGAUAAA